AUGAUGAUCACCGUGAGGGAGGUUCGAGCACGUUGAGGUCGCAGAGCACGGACAAACGGCAUCGAGUAGAGACCGGUGAGUGAAGUCGACAUUACAUACAUGAUCGUAAUACUUUCGAUGAUCACUCCGACAAUACCGAGCGAAUGCCUUGUAUGCACUUCCAUAUAUUGGGCGUAGGCCGGAAGACUACGAAAACCAAACACCAGCUUCAAUGAAUUGAUCACCACCAUCAACAAUGAUAUACCCGUAAGCGCAAGCAGACUAAUCACUAUCGCCGGAUAUUUCACAAUACGAAUGAAAUGUCUGCAGAACCGUAGGGAUUUUUGGUGUAGUGGAUUCAGGAUCUGGUCGGCAACGAUCUGAGGCCGUACUGCUCGUCCAUAGCUCACUGAACGUGAUUCUUCAGAUGAGAUGUGGGUGUUAUCGCUCCAUUCAGUCGAUGCUGAUGAAGUGUUUGACUCAGGAGCGAAGCCGUAAAUCGAAGAAGAGAAUAAAUAACAUUUUUCGCUACAAUCACUUCUAGUAUUGAAUCCUAUUGGAGUCAUUCGGAACGAUCUUAGACGCACUGGCGAAUAG